AUGACCGAUGUGUCCGCAAUGCAAAAGCAGUCUCAAGUACGCAUCCACCUCCACACGAGAAGUGGCGAUAUUGAGCUCCCGCAGGAUACCGGUCCAAUCCUCGUCUCCACUGAACUGAAACGCUAUCAACUCUCCACCCUGGUCAAUCGAUUACUGGAAACCGAACAACCUGUUCCUCUCGAGUUCUUGAUCAAUGGGCAAUUCCUACGCACAUCUUUGGACGAGUUUCUGACUCGCAAUGGUAUAAGUGCAGAGACUACCCUCAGUGUCGAGUACGUCAAGGCUCUUAUACCACCUCUUUACGUAGCAAGCUACGAGCAUGACGAUUGGGUCUCUUCGGUCGACGUCCUUUCUGCAUCUUCUCAAGCCGCUGCCUGGGCUGGCAAUCGAUACGAUGGGUCGACGCAACGAGUUCUAUCCGGGAGCUACGACGGUGUGUUGCGGAUAUGGAACACAUCAUCUGAGGUUGUCGCAACUGGGUCAGGCCAUACCUCUUCGAUCAAAGCUGCUAGAUAUGUCUCACCCACCCAGAUAGCCAGUUCUGGCAUGGAUCGAACUUUGAGACUCUGGAAAUGCGAUGAGACUACGUUGACGCCUACUCUAGAGCUCUAUGGCCACAAGGCUUCUAUCGACGGCCUGGCUGCUCACGCUCCUUCAUCACGUAUUCUUUCUGCCUCUGCUGACCACACGGUCGGUGUGUGGAGUACAAAGAAGGCCGAAGCCCCAGAAGCGUCAGAGGAGCUUGUACCCAACGCAAAGCGGCGCAAGCUUUCUAACACGAAGCCUGUGACGCAGAGAGGGCCCCUGAGCAUCCUUCCGGGCCACCAGAGCCAAGUCACCGACGUGUGCUUCGACGAGAAAGACGCAACAGUCGGCUACAGCGCUUCCAUGGACCACUCUGUCAAGACUUGGGAUCUGACAACGGCGACAUGCGUCGAUACGAGGACAACAGCACAGAGUCUUCUCAGCAUCUGCCAUCUACCUAAAUCGUCACUAAUAGCCACUGGAACCUCAGCACGUCAUAUCACACUUAUAGAUCCGCGAGCAUCAGCCACGAACGUCUCCGCCAUGACACUACGAGGACACGCCAACUUCGUCUCAUCCUUGGCAAGAGAUCCAAUGUCAAGCCAUCAGCUGGCGUCUGGCAGUCAUGAUGGCACCUGUCGUGUAUGGGAUAUCCGGUCGGUGAGAAGUGAAGCUAUGGAUAGGGUGGGCGAGGCCGUGUAUGUUAUCGAAAGAGAGAGCGCGAAAGGCAGACGUCCAAUUGCUGGGGAAGGGGUCAAGGUAUUCGAUGUGUGCUGGAAUAGGGAGAUCGGGAUUGUCAGUGCUGGUGAGGACAAACAGCUGCAGAUUAACAAGGCCAGUUCGUAA